UAGGUCACAUCCUAUUCCAGCGUGUGGAAACCUUUGACCGGAACAGCGUACAGCUGUUUUAAAAAUUGGAUGAGCUAACCACCCGUCAAUACAGUGGCUAAUCUAUGCAAAAAACAAAAAAAAAAACAGUCGAAAAUAUUGAUUAUUGACACCAGACAUCACGUUACUGUCAAUGCGCGAGACAGAAACCGUUUUUUCAAAAGCUAUUUAAAAACUUGCCAAGGCGUUAACCGUUACAGUGUUUGGUUCAGUCCAACGAGCCGCUAGCAGGAAAAAACACCGAAUUUAAGACCGUCGACUACUAGCUUAAAAAAAAGAACAGGAGCAGUGUCAUUGUUAUCAAGAUUUAAACGAGGAGGAAAAGCAGGAAAGCAGGUAGGAGUGAAACCUCUUGCUUCGCCUCGGAGCUCUGGUGGAUCUGUGGAUGACAGCCGUCCAGUCCGUCGCAACAACAGCAACAGCAGCAGCGGUUUAGUUAUCAUCGGAGCAGCCGUGGAGGAAGAGGAGUGAAUCACAGAAGGAGAGAAAGGAUUCACGGACCCCAACCGAGCAUGGCUACCCAAACGACAGCAUCCUGCACUGGAUCCACUCUGCUGCAGCCAAUCAGCGAAAUUAUCAAUCUCCCUCUAGACCAGGUGAACUUUGUGGUGUGCCAGCUGUUUGCCCUGCUGACAGCCGUGUGGUUCCGGCUCUACCUCCACCCCAGUAAGACCAGUCCCUUCAUCAGACAUGUGGUGGCCACUCUGCUCGGCUUCUACCUGGCUCUCUUCUGCUUCGGCUGGUAUGCCCUCCAUUUCCUCGUGCAGAGUGGUCUGUCCUACAGCGUCAUGGUCUUCGCGGGCCUGGAACACAUGCACAAGUACUGCCUCAUUGUGGCACUGGGCUAUCUGAGUUUCUGUCAGAUCACGCGAGUCUACGUCUUUGAUUACGGGAUGUACUCUGCAGAUUUCACAGGGCCCAUGAUGGUCAUUACACAGAAGAUUACCAGCCUGGCAUUUGAAAUACAUGAUGGUUUGACCAAGAGGGAGGAGCAGCUGAGUACGACUCAGAAAUACCUAGCUGUCAGGCGGAUGCCCAGCUUGCUGGAGUACCUGAGCUACAACUGUAACUUCAUGGGCAUUCUUGCAGGUCCCACCUGCUCCUACAAUGAUUACAUGGCUUUCAUCGAGGGCACGGGCUACCAGCCGCGUCACCUGGAGAACACCAAUGGCAAGGAGAACGGGAAGUACAAGCAGAGCGAGCCAUCGCCCAAGAAUGAUGUGAUCGCCAAGCUGUGUACGUGUGCCAUCUCCCUGGCUGUGUACUUGUCGCUGUGUAAGGUGAUCCCUGUGGAGCGCUCCAUCGACGACAGCUUCAUCUCCUCCACACCCUUCCACCUACAGGUCAUCUACCUUUACCUGGCCAUGCUGGCUCUGAGGCCCAAGUACUACUUUGUCUGGACGCUUGCUGAUGCCAUCAACAAUGCAGCAGGAUUUGGCUUCAAUGGAUACAACAAAGAUGGCACCCCACGAUGGGACCUGAUCUCAAACCUCAGAAUUCUGGACAUCGAGUUUGCUACCAGUUUCAAAAUGUUCCUGGAUAACUGGAAUAUCCAGACAUCUCUGUGGCUCAAAAGGGUGUGCUAUGAGCGCUGUCCAAUCAGCCCAACUGCUGCCACCUUCCUGCUGUCAGCCAUGUGGCACGGGGUGUAUCCUGGCUACUACCUGACUUUCCUCACUGGCAUAGCCAUGACCAUGGCUGCACGUGCAAUAAGGCACAACGUCAGACCGUACUUCCUGGUGUGCGACACGUACAAACAGUUCUAUGAUGUCAUCACGUGGGCAGGGACGCAGGUUGCCAUUAGUUACACAGUGGUGCCAUUUGUCCUUCUUGCUGUGGGACCCUCGCUCAAAUUCUACAGGUCCUGGUACUUCUGCUUACAUCUGCUGUGUCUGCUGUUGGUGUUGGCCCUACCUGUCAAGCCCAGACACCUGCGGCCCAAAGAGCAGCAGGACAGCCUACAGAAGGACGGCCCGCAGGCCAACAGCCUACAGGAGGACCACAGCAAGAGCCACUCCACCACAGACAACAACUGCAACCAGAAAGACAAAGCCACAUGAGGCUCAGGAGACCCAAGUGCAGUCCCUUCAGCAGCAGAAACACUGAACUGAACAAUAUGUAACCACUGAGAGCUGGGGUGAAGUGAGUCUGUUUGCCUGAGAAAGAACCAAAUAUCGAACGCACUGAGAAUCCUAACAGACAGAAAACACGAGUCAACGACCUGUCAAAAACGUCCAGUAGCAAGGAUGACAGCAAUCAUACUGUACUUCUGACAUGGAUGAAAGAAAGAGUGAGUGAGAGUGAGAGAGAGUCUAAAUCUAACUGACCAGGAUGUAACAAAGACCAUGAUGUAGACUAAUGAGUGUUAACGGUUACAUUUCAUUAGUGGAAAUGAAGAAAAAAGUCAAACUGACUUCCAAGUUGCCUUAAACCCUCUAUGUACUCAGCAGGUGAAAUGAUAACAGUUUGAAUGGCACACUGCAAGAAUCCAAAUGCAGUUACACCGUUGUGGUGUAGGGUUAUAUAAGGUUAUACAUGUAUAUGAAACAGACCUAAAGUAUGUGGAGGGUUUUUGUCAUUGUCUGGAUAUAAGCUUCUGUUAGGACAACAAGUGGAAGAGGAAAAUGUGUUUGUGUAAAAGAAACAUAACCUUUAUCAUCAGCUGCCAACUUCAAACAGGCCUUAGGAUCCUCAAAACAUUGUUCGAUUUCUAUGUCUUUUUUUUUUUUUUUUUUUUUUUUAACAUCUUUAUUCCAGAAGAAUUCACACUGUAUGUGUUUUGUAUUUAGAUCUUUGUGGAGACACUUUGUGAAAUCCAUUCAAAUGCUUUUCUGGGACAAAUUGACUUUGCCAAUGAACCAAUACAGCGUCCCAAAUUUAAAUCCAAUUCUUGUCCAUCUGCAACAGUGGAAUGUCUAAAACAAGCACUCAGAGUAACUAAAUGGAUUUUAGUUUGUUUUUAUGGUUUUCAUAUCUUAUCUGCUGCUUUUUUUGACAAACAAUACUCAUCAGUUACAGAUAAAUGUGUGUUACAAAGGGAGUUUAUUUACUCUGUCAGCUGAUUUAGAUUACGUUUUUUCUGUCUAACAGUACAGGGGUGUGAUGUUUUUUCAUGUGCUCAUAUUGUUCACACCGCAGGUUUCCUCUGUGUUCAAAUGUCUUGCCUCUCCAAUACCUAUAGAGUAUCCAAAACUAUUUAACUAAUUCUUGUCUGAGAUAAUAAUAGGGUAUGAUGAGGGAAAGACGAUGGAUUGUUUACAUCACUGCUGAAUACAUGUACAGUAUACCUAUAGAUUACUGUCUUAAAUCUGGCAAACACAACAGAUGACUAAUCGGAUUAACAAUGUUAGGCAUUCUUAGGCAAUGCUUAGUCAUUUUUCAGUCAAAACGGCCCGAUAGCCACAAUUGUCUCAAGUUAAUUGAAUGUAAAAUGAAACGGUUUCCAAAUUAAUGCACCACAGCAACAAUUAUUCAGGCUACAGAACUAAUUUAAGUGAGCAAUUUGCAUUAGUCUGUGAGGAAAUCUGCUCUGGUAGAUUAUAUAUGACAUGAUAAUGUACAAAAUUUGAAGACAUAGACCGGUUGUGGUGCUGUAGCUGGUCUGAUUUCAUAUUGUGUGCACUUGUGUUAGAAUAGGUGAUGCUUCAGACUGGACUUAGUGAAUGGUGCAAGAGAUACUAGUUCCUUAUGUUCUUUUGGUCUAUGACUCACCUUGAGCCUUUCAAACCAUACAGUUACACUCUGCUCUGUUAACAAGCAUUCAAAACAGGCAGAAGUUAAAAAAAAUAAAAUAAAAAUAAUUAAAUAAUCCCUAUGAUGAUUUCCUGCAUUAUGACACAUUUCUGGGUUUAGGAAAUGAAAUAAUGGAUGUGGCGGCGUGGUGCAGAUGGGGCAACCUAAGAAGCAUCUUACUGUUUCGACAGUCGAACUACACCAUUUUUAUACUAUCUGUUAGAGCUGGAGAUAGUCUGGGGGUUUCAAGCACACAAUAUCAUAUACACUCUGAAGUUGUGCAUUUUUUUGUAAGUGAGCCUGUCAAUAAUUUUAGUUGGUUUGGAGCAUUUGUGUUCUGUAAAAUAAUGACAAAGCAGCUGAGGUGAUUUUUUUUUUUUUUUUUUUUUUUUUUUUAUUAAAGUAUGAGCCUCAUUUUCGUUUCUUUUAAAAAAAGGAAAAAAAAAAAUUCUAACGUGCAUAUUCCUGCCAUAUAUGUGUGUAUCCAUGUGAUUCGUAGAUGUUGAUGUGGUCUAAAGUACACUUUAUUUGUAGCCAGGGCCCUAUACAUAGGUGAAUAUGGCCCAGUUAAGGGAAAGGGAUGUCAUUCUACCAACACAGCGAUUAUUGCACUGCAUGGCCACCCAAACCAGCAGAUCAAUGCAAACUGCUCCAUAUGUCCAAAGUGCCAAAUCAUGAAUGGCGCAUUUUCUUUUGUGUGUGUGUGUGUGUGUGUGUGUGUGUGUGUGUAUGAGUGUGUGUGUUUGUGUGUGUGUGCGCAUGUGUCCACGUAUGUGUGUGUGUGUGUGUGUGUGUGUGCCUGUGUAACAUAACGGUUAUUUUUGUGUCAGAAGGAAAUUUAUGGCGAGAUUUGUAUAACAGUACAUUUGAAAAAAAAAAAAGAUCCUGAUUUAUGUGGUAAAAUAAAGAGAAAUUAUUUUUAAACA